GUCUGAGGACAAUAUAUGUCUUAGUAAUAGGCCUAUGAAAUUGUCUUUAAGAAUCUCCUUCACGUUUACUUAGAAUGGAAUGCACUGCAGCAUAUGCGUCGCGGCGAUCGGUGUGGAAAGCCAUUGUCCUUUAUUCGUUCGCCGUUUCAUUAUGCUUGGGAGAUAUUCGUUAUUCCUUUCCAGAAGAAAUGAAGCGAGGGUCAGUGGUCGGCAAACUUGUGCAGGAUUUAGGAGUCGAUAGGAAUACAUUUUCAUCACGGGAGCCAAGGAUUGAGUUUGAUGGAAAAAAACGCUAUUGUGAAAUCAACGCGCAGAAUGGGGAAUUGGUUAUAAAUGAAAGGAUUGACCGAGAAGAGCUCUGCGGACAAAAACCUUUGUGCACAUUAUCUUUUGAUCUCUUCAUGGAAAACCCGCUUGAACUACACCGUAUAACUCUGGAGAUUCAAGACAUAAACGACAACAACCCGGCCUUCCCCCACAGUGAGGUAAAGUUAGAUAUCCCAGAGUCCGCAGAUAAAGGGUCUCGGUUUUCCAUAGACGAGGCUGCGGACCCGGACAGUGGAAUAAAUUCAGUACAAGGUUACAGACUCUCAGAUAACCCGCAUUUCAGUUUAGCUGUACAGACUAGUGCUGAAACUGGGAAAUAUGCAGAAAUAGUGUUGGAGCAUGAACUGGACCGUGAAAAACAAGACAAGCAUUCUCUCAUUUUGACAGCUUAUGACGGGGGCAAUCCUCAGAAAUCAGGCACUGUAGUUAUACAAAUCCGCGUUUUGGACAUUAAUGAUAAUAAACCAUUUUUUUCUCAGCCAGUCUAUAAGGUGAGUGUCCCUGAAAACCUUCUGGUAGACUCAGUUGUGGUUACUGUGAGUGCCAGUGAUGCUGAUGAAGGAGCAAACGGAGAUGUUACUUAUGAAUUUAGUCAUAUGCCAGUGAAUGCAAAACCUAUUUUUUCAAUAGACCCAGCAUCGGGUGAUAUAACAAUUAAAGGGUCAUUAGACUUUGAAGACAGUCCUUCGUUUGAGAUUCGAGUUAAAGCAAAAGACGGAGCUGGUCUAGCAGCCACUUCUAAAGUAGUGGUAGACAUCAGUGAUGUUAAUGAUAAUGCUCCCUUUAUCAUGAUUAAAUCUCUUAAAACGCCGCUUAUGGAGGAUGCGACUGUGGGUACAGAAGUUGCCGUUAUAUACGUGCAGGACAAAGAUACAGAAUCUAAUGGAAAUAUUAAAUGUUUUAUUCAGCAUAACGAUCGCUUUAAACUAAUACCAUCAAUUAAGAACCACUUUGCAUUAGUAACAGCGGAAGCGUUGGACCGAGAGAGAGAAUCUGAAUAUAAUAUCACGAUUACAGCUACUGACGAGGGUUCCCCGCCCUUAACGUCAUCUAAAACUAUUAGAUUAUUUGUCGGAGACGUGAAUGACAAUCCUCCUGCAUUUGAGCAGCAGUCCUACAGUGUUUAUAUAAGUGAAAAUAACAGACCAGGCACUUCUGUUUGUUCUGUCAGUGCAAAUGACCCAGACUGGAGACAGAACGGGACUGUACUGUACUCUGUGGUUCCCAGUGAAGUCAGUGGGGUCCCAGUGUCCUCAUUUCUAUCUAUUAAUGGAGAUACAGGGGUGAUUCAUGCUGUAAGAUCAUUUGACUAUGAGCAGUUCAGAAACUUCACUGUCAAAGUUGUUGCCAGAGACAAUGGAUCUCCACCGCUCAGCAGUAACGUGACUGUGAAAGUCUUCAUAACAGAUGAGAAUGAUAACUCUCCACAGAUAUUAUACCCUGUUCCUGAUGGAAAGUCUUUAAUGACAGAAAUGGUCCCUAAAGCGACUCUCUCAGGCUCUCUGGUGUCCAAGGUGAUCGCUGUAGAUGCUGACUCUGGACAGAAUGCAUGGCUGUCCUAUCAGAUUGUCAAAUCUACUGAUCCUGGACUUUUCUCCAUUGGUCUCCAUAGUGGAGAGAUCAAAACACAACGAUACAUUUCUGAAUCUGACAAUAUGAAGCAGAACCUCGUUAUUUCAGUGAAAGACAAUGGACAGCCAUCUCUGUCUACAACCUGUGCUGUAAAUGUACUAAUUUCUGACAACCUUUCUGAAGUUCCUGAACUAAAAGAUAUGACUUAUGAGGACAGCAACUCUAAAUUAACGUCCUACUUGAUCAUUGCAUUAGUUUCUGUGUCCACCUUCUUCCUGACGUUCAUCAUACUGAUCGUGGCAGUGAAGUUUUGUCACAGGAGAAAGCCCAGACUGUUGUUUGAUGGAGCAGUUGCUGUUCCCAGCGCCUAUAUCCCUCCCAACUAUGCAGAGGUGGAUGGAGCAGGAACUCUCCGCAGCUCUUACAAUUAUGAUACUUAUCUAACCACAGGCUCCCCGCACCAGUGAUUUUAAGUUUAUCAU